GCGUACUAGUAGACAAGGUAGACAUUGUCUACCCAAAAUUACCCAGUUAUUUGUCAUUAAUUUAUCACGUAAUUAUUUCAUGUAAUUGUUGAAUUAAAAUUUUAAAAAAAUUGGCACAGAACGUAGUCGCGAUCCUUACUAUUAUUAUACAUAUAGUAUCUAAGCAUGAUUAAAGGUUGGGACACACAUAUCCGGACCGUGCCAGGACCGAGACACGGCCGGGUGUCGGACGUCACCCGCUUCUGAAUUAAAACAAUUAAAAUAUAUGGAAAUGUUCACACAUGAUCGUGACGUAUCCGGGUCACGUCGCCGAUUCGUGUGCGGACCGGGCGGAAUAUCGUUAGUUUAAUUUUUGACGUCCGGUGUAUCGGAACGGAGCUCGAGUGCAUUAAUUUAAAGCUGUGUUUAAUAUGGACAUAGAGAGGUUAAUAGAAGAAGUACGAAAAUUUCCUGUACUUUACGAUCAAAAACAUGGGAAAUAUAGGAAUACUGAAUAUAAGGAACGAGUUUGGAAACAAAUUGCAACAGACUUGCAAGUUAAAGGUGGAGUCGAGGAAUGCAAGAAAAAGUGGACAUCAGUUCGUGAUCAGCUACGGAAGACUUUGCAGAAAAGGAAAACCAGCUCAGGACAAGCUGCUGUGCGUCAGCACAAAUAUAAGUACGAAGACCUCUUAAUGUUCUUGCUACCCCACAUUGCAGAACGAGAGACAAUUUCCAAUGUUCUAUAUAAUCCCGAAGGAGAGGAGGGUGAACAUGAAUCUACUUUAAAAGAAUCUCAAGACGAGGAUUCUAAUAUUCAAGAUUUUGCGCAAAAAAAUAGUGGAAAUGAGGAACCUAUAACUGAAAAUCAGGACAGUGAAACACAAAGUGGAAUAACUGCUCAGUCUUCGCAAAUGCCCCCGGCAGGGUCCUCCCUCUCUUCCAAUAAUAAAAACAAAUUUGUAAGGCCGCCGUUAAAACGAAAAUUUCAGCAUGAGCGCCAUCUACAACAAUCACCGUCAAGCCAGCUCAUGACUUAUAUUUUAGCAGAAAAAGAAGCUGAAAAAGUAGCUAAUAAACGUUCAAGAGAGAGGGAAGAGCAACAUCCGGUUGAUGCUUUUUUAGCGGGUAUAGCACCAGCCCUUAAAUCGCUGCAUCCGAUACUUUUUAAUCAGGCGAAAGGAAGCAUUUUUUCAAUUGUACAAGAGUUUGAAUUAAAGCAACUCACAAAUAAUAGUUACCCUCAGAAUCAGUAUAUUCCUCCGAUUUCGCCAGCAUCUUCGUCGCUAACUGUUCCAACGCCAGAACCUUCACCUGUACAAUCAUUGUCUAGUCCUACAUACUUUGAAUUUUAGGCAAAAUGCGGAAAAAUAUGUCACCACUACUAACGAGCCUUUUUUAAAAGUUUUUUGCUAUAAUAAUAUAAUUUGUUUAUUAAAUA